UGGGGAGUAGUCCUUCGUGCAGCCCUUACCCAUUGGUUGCCUCAGACACAGCAGCUCUCCCUGCUCUCACGCUCACAUAAAUGCGCUCCCACCGCCGACCGUGGCAGAUAAUCACAGCCCACUGCGAGGGGGACACACCUUCCGCUCAUAUUUUUUAAAUUAUUAUUAUUAUUUUUUACCUCGGUUCGCACGGGGGAUGCAUUUUGAUUUACAAAAACCUUCGACAGAUUCGGGUAGCGUUUCUUUGGUUAUUUUUGCGCACAUCGGUUUCCAGGCUGCUCCGCUCCCGCGCCAAGAUGACCGGGGUCUUUGAGAACUUAAAUACUGAUAUGCAUUCGAACCAGAUUACCUCAAACAGUUACCACAGCUUGCACAAACCGCAGGAGUCCCCGACCCUGCCUGUGUCCACGGCGACGGACAGCAGCUUUUACAACAGCCAGCAGUCCGGGCACUGCGCCGGCUCUCCGUUUGGCCAGCUCGGCUCUUACCAGUACCACGGCAGCGCCAGCAGCUCUGUGCCAUACAACGCAAAGUCCUACGACCUGGGCUUCAACUCUUCAUAUGGUGCAUACAGCUCCUAUGGGUCCAACUCUUCUCCGACUCCAGCCGACACAGAAAAAGAAGAGAGCGAGCCAGAAAUCCGGAUGGUGAAUGGAAAACCAAAGAAGGUCAGGAAACCUCGAACCAUUUAUUCCAGCUUCCAACUGGCUGCACUUCAGCGGAGGUUUCAAAAGACGCAGUAUUUGGCGCUACCUGAACGGGCCGAGCUGGCAGCCUCUCUGGGCCUUACGCAAACACAGGUCAAGAUCUGGUUCCAAAACCGCCGGUCCAAGUUCAAAAAGCUGUGGAAAAGUGGAGAAAUCCCCCCUGAGCAGCACGUUACUUCCAGCGAAUCUCCUCCGUGCGCGUCUCCGCCAACCCCCGCCUGGGACUUUCCACAGACUCAAAGAAUGAACCCUGUCAGCUCRAGUUUACCUCAGAGCGCCAGCCCCUCCAACACGAGCGCGCCGUCGUCGUUUUUGGCAAACUACUCCUGGUACUCAACAACGAACUCUACGACGCAUCUGCAGCCUYCUCUGGUUCAGCACCACCACAACUCGGCCAUAAGCGCUGGGACGAUAUUCUGAAAGGAAAACGAAACAACUGGGUCUAAAUUGGACGAGAACAAAUAGAGUCCACCUUCAUUUUACAGACCUAACCGUGUGCGCCUUUGCGCGCAAAGACUAGGAGAAAUUAAAGGAACAAAACAGGUUCGUGAAACUUGCUGGUUUUCACGCAGGCAAGAGAUAGACGCAGAUUUCUACAGUUAUUUUUGUAUUUAUUUAUUUUGUUUAUGUGAGGGUUGAAUGAACCACUAUUACCCAAAGCAAUUACAGCCUGGGCGCAUAUCUAAGCCCGUUUUUUUACGCGGACGUCACUUUUUUUGCCAUUCCAGCAAAACAAAACAUUGACUUCAGGAUAACCAGAUGUAGCACAAGUUAACUGUAUCGUGCCUUUUUCAACAUGACCUCAUUUUGUUGUGCGUAAACACACACACACACACACACACACACACACACACACACACACACACACACACACACACACACACACACACACACACACACACACACACACACACACACACACACACACACACACACACACACAAACUUAUCUUAAUUCUUUCCUCAUAUAGUUGAUUCAAAUAUAU